UAGAAGAAAACGAAUAUUGGAAACCACUGUAAACCCAAAUGUGACAUUUAACCACAAUCUAUUUUGUCUAUGCGCAAAGUACAAGAGCAUAAUCACAUAAUUUUCUUUCUACUUUAAACAAUUUUGCAAUUUAUUUAGAAAUUCAGUUCAUAAUGUCUAAAAUACUGUGGAGGUACAUUCGUCGUGCGAAUAAAACAGUGGACAAUGUUUUUAAUACAAGAUUAAGAUACAGCUCCACGACAGCUACUCAGCCGGGAAAAAACAAAGGUCCUAUUACAUGGAAAUCUUUGGGAAUCACUGCCGGCAUCGGUGGAGGGCUCCUAGGGUUCAUGUUGUAUGUGAAAAACGAAAAACAAAUGGCUAUAUUGCGAGAGAGAAAACGCCAACUUGGUAAAGCUGCUAUUGGUGGAUCUUUUGAGUUAGUGGAUUCUGAUGGAAAAUUAAGAAAGAGUACAGAAUUUUUAGGACAAUGGCUUAUGAUUUACUUUGGAUUCACACAUUGUCCAGAUAUUUGCCCAGACGAAUUAGAAAAAAUGACUAAAGUUGUUAAAAAUUUAGAUGAACACAAAGAUGCACCUAAAAUUACACCUUUAUUUAUAACUGUGGAUCCUGAUAGAGAUUCACCUGAAAUUGUAGGAAAGUAUGUUAAAGAAUUUUCUGAUCGUUUGAUUGGAUUAACAGGAAGUCCAGAACAAAUAAGUAAAGCUUGCAAAGCUUAUAGAGUAUACAGCAGUUUGGGACCAAAAGAUGUUGAUCAAGAUUAUAUUGUGGAUCACACUAUUAUUCAGUACUUAGUGAAUCCUGAUGGUGAAUUUGUAGAUUAUUAUGGGCAAAAUAAAACUGCAGAAGAAGUAACUAAUUCCAUAUUAGUAAAUAUCGCAAAGUACAAUCAAAUAAAUAAGCCAGGCUGGUUUUCUUAAAAGGUGCGCAAACUAUUCAGUACAUUAAUUAAUUAUGAAAGAAUAUUAAA